AUGAUCAACUCAUCGGAAACGCCAGCUCUCACCUUUCAAACGGAAUCGCCGUUGUCGAAGCUCGUUGAGCAUUGCAACAAGUUCGGCGGCGAUUCGAAAUUAAAAAUCGGCGAGAAACUUGAGACGGCUGCCACGGCCACUGAUAAGCUUCUAUUGCCACCUGACAUGAGCCAAUAUGCCGCUUAUCAUCAAUUUCUGCCGACAACCAAUUGGUGGGUUGAGCCGUCGAAUUGGCAGCUAACGUAUCCGACAACUACUGAUGCAUACCAAUCAUAUUUGACAUCGCCUUUGGGACUUCUCGGAACCGCAGCGACUCAUCCGAUCACCACGAUGCCAUCGAAUACUACAAUCGCAAAAGCUGCGACAAGUGUCGCAAAGUCAAAAACGAACGCGUUGAACACUUCAACCUCAUCAUCAUCAACAUCGUCAUCAUCUGCGCCAAUGCCGGCGAGCAAUGGCGGCGGAAAAUACGCGGCGCGUUCAAAUUGCGAAUGCCCCAACUGUUUGGAAGCGGAAAGAGUCGGUGCCACAAAUAUGCCGGCGAGGAAACGCGGUGUUCACAACUGUCACAUCGCCGGAUGCGGCAAAGUCUACAACAAGAGCAGCCAUUUGAAGGCGCAUCUCCGAUGGCAUUCCGUAAUCCUUUCCCCCUUCCCAUUCGGAUUACACGAGAGCUCGACAAAAAUGUGGAGCAUCACCACCACAUGCUGCUAA